CGUCACGGGGCUGUUUCCCAGGAUCGCUGCGGGAGAGGGGAGCUGCUGCUCGGGAAGAGAGUGGACCAAGCCGCCGGCUGGAGGGACGCAGUUUGUUUCCGGACCGCCAGCUGAAGCCGCGCUUUGCUUUCUGCGGAUCUAAAAUAAUUUCUGCUCUAAUUUUGACCCAAACCGAGUUCCGUCCAGGAGAGCCAGAACCGGCGCCAUGGAGGACGGGAAGCCGGUGUGGGCGCCUCACCCGGCGGACGGGUUCCAGCUGGGAACCAUCGUGGACAUCGGUGCCGACAGCCUCACCAUCGAGCCGCUCAAGCAGAAAGGAAAGACGUUUCUGGCUCCUGUCAACCAGGUCUUCCCUGCUGAGGACGACGUCAGCAAACAUGUGGAGGAUAACUGCUCGCUGAUGUACCUGAACGAAGCCACUCUGCUCAACAACGUGCGAGUCCGCUACAGCAAGGACAGGAUCUACACGUACGUGGCCAACAUCCUGAUCGCGGUCAACCCGUACUACGACAUCCCAAAGCUUUACUCAGCCGAGACCAUCAAGAAGUACCAGGGCCGGUCGCUGGGGACGCUGCCGCCGCACGUCUACGCCAUCGCUGACAAGGCGUACCGGGACAUGAAGGUCCUGAAGAUGAGCCAGUCCAUCAUCGUCUCUGGAGAGUCUGGGGCUGGCAAGACGGAGAACACCAAGUUUGUGCUGAGAUACCUGACGACGUCCUACGGGACGGGCCAGGACAUAGACGAGAGGAUAGUGGAAGCCAACCCCCUGCUGGAGGCUUUUGGCAACGCCAAAACCGUCCGCAACAACAACAGCAGUCGCUUUGGCAAGUUUGUGGAGAUCCACUUCAACGAGAAGAAUGCAGUCGUCGGCGGGUUUGUGUCCCACUACCUCUUAGAGAAAUCAAGGAUCUGCAGGCAGAGCUGCGAGGAGAGGAACUACCACAUCUUCUACCGCCUGUGUGCCGGAGCGCCGGAGGACAUCCGCCAGAAGUUCCACCUCAGCUCCCCGGACACAUUCAGGUACCUGAACCGAGGAUGCACUCGCUUCUUCGCCACCAAAGACACGGAUCAGCAGAUCCUGCAGAACCGCAAGAGCUCUGAGCACGCCAAGUUCGGCCCGUUGAAGGACCCGCUGCUCGACGACCACGGCGACUUCACCAGGAUGUCGGUGGCCAUGAAGAAGAUCGGCCUGGGCGACACGGAGAAGCUGGACCUGUUCCGGGUCGUGGCUGGAGUUCUGCACCUGGGCAACAUCGACUUCGAGGAGGCGGGGAGCACCUCAGGCGGCUGCACCAUCAGGAACCAGUCCAGUCAGACGCUGGAGCACUGCGCUGAGCUGCUGGGCCUGGAGGAGGACGACCUGCGAGUCAGCCUCACCACCAGGGUCAUGCUGACGUCAGCAGGGGGCGCCAGAGGGACCGCCAUCAAAGUGCCGCUGAAGGUGGAGCAGGCCAACAACGCCCGGGACGCGCUGGCUAAGGCCACCUACAGCCGGCUCUUUGACCACGUGGUGACGCGGGUCAACCAGUGCUUCCCCUUCGACUCCUCGGCCAACUUCAUCGGCGUCCUGGACAUCGCCGGCUUCGAAUACUUUGAGCACAACAGCUUUGAGCAGUUCUGCAUCAACUAUUGCAACGAGAAGCUGCAGCAGUUCUUCAACGAGCGCAUCCUGAAGGAGGAGCAGGAACUGUACCACAAGGAGGGGCUCGGCGUCAACGAGGUCCAUUACGUCGACAACCAGGACUGCAUAGACCUGGUGGAGGCCAAGGUUCUGGGCAUCCUGGACAUCCUGGACGAGGAGAACCGUCUGCCUCAGCCCAGCGACCAGCACUUCACCGACACGGUUCACAGCAAGCACAAGAACCAUUUCCGCCUCACCGUCCCCAGGAAGUCCAAGCUGGCCGUCCACCGCAACGUGAGGGACGACGAAGGCUUCAUCAUCCGACACUUCGCUGGAGCCGUGUGCUACGAGACGACCAAGUUCGUGGAGAAGAACAACGACGCGCUGCACAUGUCUCUGGAGAGUCUGGUGAGCGAGUCCAAAGACGCCUUCGUCCGCCGACUCUUUGAGAAUUCGUCCAGCAGCCGCGACGUCAAGCAGAAAGCCGGCAAGCUGAGCUUCAUCAGCGUGGGGAACAAGUUCAAGACGCAGCUGAACAUUCUCCUGGACAAGCUCCGCAGCACGGGCUCCAGCUUCAUCCGCUGCAUCAAACCCAACCUGAAGAUGGUCAGCCACCAGUUUGAAGGAGCGCAGAUCCUCUCGCAGCUGCAGUGUUCGGGAAUGGUGUCGGUUCUGGACCUGAUGCAGGGCGGCUUCCCCUCCAGAGCUCCUUUCCAUGAACUCUACAACAUGUACCAGAAGUACAUGCCGCCCAAACUGACCCGGCUCGACCCGCGGCUCUUCUGCAAGGCCCUGUUCAAGGCUCUGGGACUCAACGAGAACGACUACAAGUUCGGCCUCACCAAAGUCUUCUUCCGCCCUGGAAAGUUCGCAGAGUUUGACCAGAUCAUGAGGUCGGACCCGGACCACCUGGCGGAGCUGGUCAAGAAGGUCAACAAGUGGCUCAUCCACAGCCGCUGGAAGAAGGUCCAGUGGUGCUCCCUGUCCGUCAUCAAGCUGAAGAAUAAGAUCGUGUACCGGGCCAGCGCCUGCAUCCAGAUGCAGAAGACGGUCCGGAUGUGGCUCUGCAGGAAGAAGCACAAACCUCGAAUCGACGGGCUGGUGAAGGUCCGGAACCUGAAGGAGAGGAUGGGCCGCUUCAACGAGGUGGUGGGCGGCCUGAAGGAGGGCAAGCAGGAGAUGAGCAAACAGAUCGAGGGCCUGGAGAACGCCAUCGACGCCCUGAUGCUCAGAAUCAAGGGCACCAUGAUGAGCCGCCUGGACAUCGACCACGAGUUCCAGGCGCUGGUGACCCGGUCCGAGAAGCUGCUGACGGACCUUCAGAACAAGAAGAAGGAGGAGGAGGAGCGGGAGCGUCUGCGCCGCAUCCAGGAGGAGAUGGAGAAGGAGCGCAGGAGGAGGGAGGAGGAGGAGCAGCGCCGCCGGCAGGACGACGAAGACCGCCGGCUGAAGGCGGAGAUGGAGGUGAAGAGGAAGCAGGAAGAGGAGGAGAGGAAGAAGAGGGAGGAAGAGGAGCGGCGGCUGCAGGUGGAGAUGGAGCUGCAGCUGCAGGCGGAGCGGGAGCAGGAUGUGGCCCGGCAGGCGGUUCUGGAGCAGGAGAGGAGGGACCGGGAGCUGGCCAUGCGGAUCGCCCAGAGCGAGGCCGAGCUCAUCCCCGAGGAGGCGCUGAACGACUCGGGCCUGCGCAGCAACGGCUCCUCCGUUCCGUCGUCCCCCGAGAGAGCAGCCGGCGCCGGCAGCACAAAGCUGAAGAACUACACCAUGGAGGAAAUGGCGAGGGAGAUGACUGAACUUCUGUCCCGAGGUCCGCAGGUUCUGGCCUCCAAAGCUGCCGCCAACGCCAAGAAGUACGAGCUGAGCAAGUGGAAGUACGCCGAGCUGCGGGACGCCAUCAACACGUCGUGUGACAUCGAGCUGCUGGCCGCCUGCAGGGAGGAGUUCCACCGCCGUCUCAAAGUGUACCACGCCUGGAAGUCCAAGAACAAGAAGAGGAACGCCGAGCCGGAGCAGCGAGCGCCCAAAUCCGUCCUGGACUACGGUUCCACGUCUCCAGUGAGAAGACCAGCAGCCCAGCAGAACCUGGCGCCGCCCAUCCCGGCCCGGCAGCACGACGUGGCCAUGAACCGGCAGCAGCGCUACUUCCGCAUCCCCUUCAUCCGACCCGGGGACCAGUACAAAGACCCGCAGAACCCCCAGAAGAAAGGCUGGUGGUACGCCCACUUCGACGGGCCGUGGAUCGCCAGGCAGAUGGAGCUGCACCCGGAUAAACACCCCAUCCUGCUGGUGGCCGGGAAGGACGACAUGGAGAUGUGCGAGCUGAGCCUGGAGGAGACGGGUCUGUCGAGGAAGCGGGGAGCAGAGAUCCUUCCUCGGCAGUUCGAGGAGAUCUGGGAACGCUGCGGCGGCGUCCAGUACCUGCGCAGCGCCAUCGAGAGCCGGCAGGCGCGGCCCACCUACGCCACCGCCAUGCUGCAGAGCAUGCUGAAGUAACCGGACCGGACCCAGGCCCGCGGACUCGGACGGUGUCGGAGCGCUCUGGGCCGCAGGACGCUCGCCCGGACGGCGGUUCCUCACCUGUCCUUUAGUUUCUUUGCUGCUCCUCGGGGGGUUAAUCUCAGUAAUUGAUCACAUCCGGUUCUGUUCCCCGGGGGGUUCUGUUCCCCGGGGGGUUCUGUUCCCCGUCGCAUCACUGCACGUCUAACUGAGGCCUUAAAUCUCAUUAACGGGUUUAAUUGCUGAAGAGCCGGACUGUUUCCUCCCCACAUGAAAUCAUCUCGUUUAUUGUAAUUAUUUCCUGAUCAUUCCAGCCAAUCGCUGCCGUCCUCACGGCUCGGUCCAGCUGAUUGGUUCUUCCAGAACAGGAAAGGUCCCGGUCCGGCUGCCUCUGAUUGGUUCUCCUGGACGUGAUUUAAAUGAUGAAUGAAUCAGUUUUUCUCACUGUUUGAUUUAAAUUUGGGGGCGGGGUUUCCUGGUUCUGAGCUCUGAUGUCACUUCCUGUUUGUCCAGGAAAAGGUGAACUAAUUAUGCAACAUGGAGAUGUGACCCGUGGCUCCCCCGUCUGUAGGGGCGGACCCUGAGCCUGUUGUCAGAAUAGUUCUGGUACCGGGGCGGUCCAAAUAGAGUUUAUUUUUGGGAGAAUCAUUUCUACUUUUGUGGCUCCAAAUAAGAAGCAAUAAAACAUGGAAGGCGAGAACGAAUCGGACCCGGAACCAGAACAAAGAGCCUGGUUCCGAAAACUGGACUUCUUUACAAAUGCCGUUAACAUUCAGCCUAGAGGUUCUGUCCAGGUCCAACGUCUCUGCUGCCUUUAUUGGGUUUAGCUUCAGCUCAGCGUCUGCAGGUCCAAACGGCGUCCUGGUUCUGACCCGUUCAGGGUCCAGAGCGGUUCUGAUCAGUGUGGAGGUUUGGCUCCAGGAGCCGCAGGAUGCAUGAAGUCCGGAACACGAUCCGCUGAUAAGUCCUGUCAGCAUCACUCCACGUCCCUCAGCUGGGUUCUGCUGAACCCAAACGGAUCACCAGAACAAGAACCAGCUCCCGGUCCAGUUUGGACCCGGCCUCCUGCAAACCAACGAUGUGACCAAUGUUCUGACAGAUGAUUCUGCUCAUGGUACCGGUUCCUCCCAAACGGACCCCUUCAUGUUAACGUUCAGCUUGUUUGGUUUGUCAGUGGCAGCCUGGUUCCGUUUCCUGUUUCUGGAGUCGGGUCAGAACCGGCCUCCAUCGGUACCUGCUCAGGUGAAGGGUUCCUAUCCUCCAGGCUGCCUGUUGUCCGGGUCCAGUUCUCCAUCUGAUGACUGCCAGAACCACUGUGGGUCGGUCAGAACUCUGUGGACGGUUCUAGAGCGACCGGACCGACUCCGUCAUGCAGGUGGAACUGGACCGCAGACCCGACAGAACAUCAGGGACCAGAAGUGAAGGUGCUGCCGGGUCAGCACGCCGUUUGGGAAGAACCGCCUCUGUCCCGGUUCUAACGCCGAUCUCUAACCCAUGAAUAAAAGCAUUUCCUGUUUA